UGGCACAUUCGCACUUGAGCACUCGUUCCAGCCAGAAAUGCAGUCCCACACGCUCCUGUUGAUCGCCGCCGUUGGCAUCGCCAUCGUGGCCCAGGCCCAGGCAGCGGCCAAGUUCCAGGUGAAGAACCACGACGAUGCCGAGAGGGCCUUCGAGGAAUGCCGCGAGGAUUUCUACGUGCCGGACGACAUCUACGAGAAGUACCUGAACUACGAGUUCCCCGCCCAUAGGCGCACCAGCUGCUUCGUCAAGUGCUUCCUGGAGAAGCUGGAGCUCUUCACGGAGAACAAGGGUUUCAACGAGAAGGCCAUGAUCGCUCAGUUCACGGUCAAGAGCAACAAGGACCUGGCUACCGUGCAGCAUGGCCUGGAGAAGUGCAUCGACCACAAUGAGGCCGAGUCGGAUGUCUGCACUUGGGCUAACCGUGUCUUCUCCUGCUGGCUGCCCAUCAACCGGCAUGUGGUCCGCAAGGUUUUUGCUUAG